CGCUGCCGCCGCCGCUGCGCCUGCUGCUCCUCGCCGUCCCCGCUGCAGUGCGAAGGGCUCGAAGAUGGCCGGUUGGCAGAGCUACGUGGAUAACCUGAUGUGCGAUGGCUGCUGCCAGGAGGCCGCCAUUGUCGGCUACUGCGACGCCAAAUACGUCUGGGCAGCCACGGCCGGGGGCGUCUUCCAGAGCAUUACGCCAGUAGAAAUAGAUAUGAUUGUAGGAAAAGACCGGGAAGGUUUCUUUACCAACGGUUUGACUCUUGGCGCAAAGAAGUGCUCAGUGAUCAGAGAUAGCCUAUACGUCGAUGGUGACUGCACAAUGGACAUCCGGACAAAGAGUCAAGGUGGGGAGCCAACAUACAACGUUGCUGUCGGCAGAGCUGGUAGAGCAUUGGUUAUAGUCAUGGGAAAGGAAGGUGUCCACGGAGGCACACUUAACAAGAAAGCAUAUGAACUCGCUUUAUACCUGAGGAGGUCUGAUGUGUAAGCAGCCUCUCCCCAUCUACCUAGCAACUGUCUUCAUCACCACCCCAAUUAUGGUCACAGUGCUACCAGACUGUAGAUGGUAGCUAAUUUUUCUUUACCUAUUUUCUAAUGUCGCGAUUCCUGUUUACCCAAUGGAUCAUUUGUAUGUUAACCACUGUAUGUAACCAACCCUUAUCUGGCAACAUAAUUGCAGCACAAUAAUGAUUUGCAUGAUACCUUGAAAUUCGGGGGGAGGGGGCAUGCCAAGUUGGGCAUCACUUUGUCUUAGCAAUUAAUGGGAUAUUGAUAACUAAAAUAAGUUAAUAUUAAGCAAGGUGCCGGUUGUACAAUCUCUAAUUUGAUCAAUGUCUUUUCAGCACUUUGAGCAUUUACUUAGCUCAUUUAGUCUUCCUUUUGUAGCGCAUGGUUGGGAGGAAAAAGUGCAUGCAUCUUUCCUUCACUCCUCUUUUCCCACCCUUCUCCCUUUGCACAUAGGUAUUUGGUUUGCUUCCAUCUUUUAUGCAUUGCCUGGUUUAUUUAACCAAGUAAUAUCCCUUUUGUUGAUGAGCUAUUGAAAGCUGCAGUAGUUUGCUUUUAGUAUUGUUGUUGCACUUGAGUAGAGACAGACCUUUUGUCUACAAGCUAUAUGAAGAGUGCAACUGCAAAACAAGAGCAAAAGGCACUUCCUCCCACGACCUUACAGUAACCAUACAGAUCGAAUCCCCAGGGACAUUCCAUCAUUGCAAUAGCUCAGAUUUUUGUUCCUUUGCACACCAGCUCUAUUCUUUAGUAAAAUUGUAAAAGGCUGCCAUUAUGGACAUUAGGUAUCCCAACAUAACCAUCUGGAGUGUGUCCAGUUUGUUCUUCAUAGGACCAAUUUUUAUUUGCAGCUUGAGUUUUUAUAUGAAGUUGCAUUAUUGUGGACUUGGCUGUCUUGUGAUAAAUUUUUUUCAUAUGUGUUCUGUGCCAUACUAUUGUUAAAAUGAACUGUUGCUAUUGUGAGAUGGAUUUUAACUGACCUAUUAAAGGUUUCUUUCGAAUGGCACUACUUUAGGGACAUUCUAGUAUUUGCUUCUAUUGUUUGGGCCUUGUGGAUAAUGUACAGAUUUAAAAACAAAUCUUGUUGCUGAUUUGUCCAUUUCUUUCCCUGCACUUUGUUACAUCUGGGAUACAGUCUAACUCAUCUGAUUUAAUAUGCAUUUAAAAAAAUGCCAUAACUAUUAAACACCUUGUUUACAGACAGAUGAAAUAAAUUUAUUCCAACCAAA